AUGAAUGCGGAGUCGCGUUACUCCCAUGACAAUGAGGAAAAGCCGCAGGGUGCCCCAUUUGGCAUGAUCAUGGCUGCCGUGCCUUUUGAAGAGCUGGCUACUGGACGGGCAUUGGCGCUCACAUGCUGCACAUAUUGUUCGGAGGGCGUCGCAAGGUCCCACCAAGGGUUUCCUGGGGUCUUGAUGGCCCAGCAAUCCCCAAAGGUGAUUAGAACCGCUGUCUGUUCAGAGCCGGAGAGCAGCGCACCCCCGUCUAUCAGCAGUAGCAGCAAGGUUGCGCGGACGAUUGACGGGGUCGGUCACGCAGGAGAGCAGUCCGUAGUGUCCAAGGCCAUGUGGAAGCACCAGGGUGGGGGGGUGGGCCGAGGCCUGCCCCACUCUGAGGCGGUCCGAGUUCACGAGUUACUCGAGUGUCCAGUCUGCACGGAAGCAAUGCUGCCUCCUAUCUAUCAGUGCGCAAACGGGCACACGCUGUGCCACAACUGCAAGGAGCAGGUGAACCACCGGUGCCCCACGUGCCGCGUGCUCCUCAACUUCAAUAUCCGCUGCCUCGCGCUCGAGAAGGUCGCCGAGUCGCUCGAGAUGCCCUGCAAGUACAGCAAGCAGGGCUGCCACGAAGUGCGCACCUUCUACGACAAGGUUAAGCACGAGGCCGACUGCACGUUCCGCCCGUACAACUGCCCCUACGCCGGCUCUGAGUGCCCCGUCAGCGGCGACAUCCCCGCCCUAGUGUCCCACCUGCUCGAGGACCACAAAGUCGACAAGCACCACGGGCCGAUCUUCAACCACCGCUACGUGAAAGAAGACCCGCUUCAAGUGGAGAACGCCACGUGGAUGCUGACGGUGUUCACGGCGUUCGGGCAGCACUUUUGCCUGCACUUCGAGGCGUUUCAGCAGGGGGGCACGGUGCCGGUCUACAUGGCGUUCCUGCGGUUCAUGGGCGAGGAGGACGAGGCGCAGAGCUUCCGGUACAGCCUCGAGGUGGGCAGCGAGGGCCGCAAGCUUAUCUUCCAGGGCGUCCCCCGGACCAUCCGCGACAGCCACCGGAAGGUCCGCGACGCGAACGACGGCAUGAUCAUCCCGCGCAAUUUCGCGCUCUUCAUGUCGGGGGGGGACCACAAGGAGCUCAAGCUGCGGCUCAGCGGGCGCAUCUGGAAGGAGGUCCAAGGGAAGGUGCAGGGGUACGUCUUCUCGGACGGGAAGAAGCCUAGCUGA